UUUGAUAUUGAAUUUUCAUUUCGAAAGUGAAUCAAUUUUUUCAUUCAUUUAAUAUUGUUAAAUUUUCAUGUAAAUUAACUUGAUAGAAAUAAUUAAAAGACACAAGAAUUUCUUUCCGGAUCUGAAUUCGGAAGAAUUUAAAGAUGAUAGGAGGAUUAUUUGUGUACAAUCAUAAAGGGGAAGUGCUUAUAUCUCGUGUUUAUCGUGACGAUAUAGGCAGAAAUGCUGUUGAUGCCUUCCGAGUCAACGUUAUUCAUGCAAGACAACAAGUACGAUCUCCAGUCACUAAUAUUGCUCGUACAAGCUUCUUUCAUAUUAAGAGAGCAAAUAUUUGGUUGGCUGCUGUAACUAAGCAAAAUGUCAAUGCUGCAAUGGUUUUUGAGUUCUUAUUAAAAAUCAUCGAUGUCAUGCAAUCUUACUUCGGAAAGAUUUCCGAGGAGAACAUCAAGAAUAACUUCGUUCUCAUCUAUGAACUCUUAGAUGAAAUCUUGGAUUUUGGAUAUCCACAAAACUCGGAUACGGGAGUUUUGAAGACAUUUAUUACACAGCAAGGAAUUAAGUCUGCAACUAAAGAAGAACAAGCCCAAAUAACGUCACAGGUCACAGGACAAAUUGGAUGGCGACGAGAAGGAAUCAAAUAUCGUCGUAAUGAAUUAUUCCUAGAUGUUUUGGAAUAUGUUAAUUUGCUCAUGUCGCCGCAAGGUCAAGUAUUAUCUGCUCAUGUUGCUGGAAAAGUAGUCAUGAAAUCAUUCUUAUCGGGAAUGCCUGAAUGUAAAUUUGGCAUUAAUGAUAAAAUUGUUAUGGAAGCUAAAGGACGUGGCGGAAUUUCAGGCAAUACCGAAGCUGAAACGUCUCGUUCUGGCAAGCCAGUUGUUGUUAUUGACGAUUGCCAAUUUCAUCAGUGUGUUAAAUUGAGCAAAUUCGAAACUGAACAUUCUAUAAGCUUCAUCCCGCCCGAUGGCGAGUUUGAACUGAUGCGUUAUCGUACUACUAAAGAUAUUUCAUUGCCAUUCCGUGUUAUUCCAUUAGUGCGCGAAGUUGGUCGUACAAAAAUGGAGGUAAAGGUUGUUCUCAAAUCAAAUUUUAAGCCUUCACUAUUAGGACAAAAGAUUGAAGUUAAAAUUCCAACUCCACUCAAUACAUCCGGAGUACAAUUGAUUUGUCUUAAAGGAAAGGCAAAAUAUAAAGCAUCUGAAAAUGCAAUUGUCUGGAAAAUUAAGCGAAUGGCUGGUAUGAAAGAAACUCAGCUCUCAGCUGAAAUUGAAUUGCUCGAAACGGAUACCAAGAAAAAGUGGACACGUCCACCAAUCUCAAUGAACUUUGAAGUUCCUUUCGCACCAUCUGGAUUUAAGGUUCGCUAUUUGAAAGUCUUUGAACCUAAACUCAAUUACUCGGACCAUGAUGUUAUUAAAUGGGUGCGCUAUAUAGGAAGAAGUGGACUUUACGAGACAAGAUGCUAAUCUAAUUGAUAUUAAUCUCUAAAUUGAUAAUGUUCACCACGUUAAAACGAAAUGACAUUAAUAUUAUACUACAUAGAGCAUAAAGUCCCUAUAUAUUACGGAGAAGCAAACGUUGAAGUAAAAUUUCAACUUUCAUUUAUUACGUCUACAUAAUUAUAUUAUUCUAUCUACUUUAAAUCAAUAAAUAAAUAUCAGUUAUGGUAUGUAUGUUAUGAAUAAAUCGAGAAAAAUCUCCUAUCUAGUUUUAAGAAAGCUAUUAUAUCGAGAAAGAUUUAUGCUUCAGUAAUCAAAUAAAG